GUAACAUGUGUUAGAUCAUUCCAGAAGCAGCUUCGCCUUUUCUACGCUGUUGCAGUCCGGACACAAGCAGUCAAAUCGGGCCUGAGUUGGAGCUUCUUUCCGCUUGGACACUGACAGAGGACACUUCUGCAGCUUUAUCCUCCCAGUUCAGCAGUUCUCAGGUCGCACUGGGACUUUAGGCGUACCGCGUUGCUUUUCUGUUUGUUCCUUUAGAAACAGCUUUAGUUAGCCUGUUGGCCGGCUUGUCAAAAUGUUGAGUGUUGCAAGAUGCGUUUCAAGGUCUCUCCCAACAAGGAACGGUUGUCGAAAUGUGUCUUCUUUGGUCAACAAGGCAUGUUGGAGGGGUUUCCAGCCAGAUGCUCUCACAUCCCUGUCCAGAAGAGACUAUGCGUCUGAGGCCGUCAAGGGGUCAGUGAUCGGCAUUGACCUGGGAACCACCAACUCAUGUGUUGCCGUCAUGGAGGGGAAACAGGCCAAGGUGUUGGAGAACGCAGAGGGAGCUAGGACAACCCCGUCAGUCGUUGCCUUCACAGCAGAGGGGGAGCGUCUGGUGGGGAUGCCUGCUAAGCGCCAGGCUGUUACCAACCCUAAGAACACACUGUAUGCCACCAAGAGGCUGAUAGGACGCCGCUUUGAGGAUGCUGAGGUCCAGAAAGACCUAAAGAAUGUUCCCUACAAGAUUGUUCGGGCCUCUAAUGGCGACGCUUGGGUCGAAGCUCACGGGAAGAUGUACUCCCCCAGCCAGGUUGGAGCCUUUGUCCUCAUAAAGAUGAAGGAGACCGCAGAGAACUACCUGGGCAGCAAAGUGAAGAAUGCUGUGAUCACUGUUCCAGCUUACUUCAAUGACUCUCAGAGACAGGCCACCAAAGAUGCUGGUCAGAUCGCUGGUCUGAAUGUCCUGCGUGUGAUCAACGAGCCGACCGCUGCUGCUCUGGCCUACGGCCUAGAAAAAACCCAGGACAAGAUUAUUGCCGUGUAUGACCUGGGUGGUGGCACCUUUGAUAUCUCAGUCCUGGAGAUCCAGAAGGGAGUUUUUGAGGUGAAAUCCACCAACGGCGACACCUUCCUGGGAGGAGAAGACUUUGACCAGCACCUCCUCAAGCACAUUGUGAAGGAGUUCAAAAGAGAGUCUGGUGUGGACCUCAUGAAGGACAACAUGGCGCUGCAGCGGGUCAGAGAGGCUGCAGAGAAGGCCAAAUGUGAGCUGUCAUCUUCACUGCAGACUGACAUCAACCUUCCCUACCUGACCAUGGAUGCUUCUGGACCCAAACAUCUGAACAUGAAACUGACCCGUGCUCAGUUCGAGGGCAUCGUGGCCGACCUGAUCCGUCGCACCGUGGCCCCCUGCCAGAAGGCCAUGCAGGACGCUGAGGUGUCCAAGGGAGACAUCGGAGAGGUGCUGCUGGUGGGAGGCAUGACCCGCAUGCCCAAGGUUCAGCAGACAGUACAGGACCUGUUUGGGCGAGCACCAAGCAAGUCUGUCAACCCCGACGAGGCCGUUGCCAUAGGAGCAGCCAUCCAGGGCGGUGUUCUUGCUGGUGAUGUGACUGAUGUGCUCCUCUUGGAUGUGUCUCCACUGUCGCUGGGUAUUGAGACGCUGGGAGGCGUCUUCACUAAGCUCAUCAACAGGAACACCACCAUCCCCACCAAGAAGAGUCAGGUGUUCUCCACAGCAGCAGAUGGACAGACUCAGGUGGAGAUUAAAGUAUGUCAGGGGGAGAGAGAGAUGGCAGCAGAUAACAAGGUCCUGGGGCAGUUCACCCUGGUAGGAAUCCCCCCAGCCCCUCGUGGAGUCCCUCAGAUAGAAGUGACCUUUGACAUUGACGCCAACGGCAUCGUUCAUGUAUCUGCCAAGGACAAGGGCACGGGCCGCGAGCAGCAGAUUGUGAUCCAGUCAUCAGGAGGUCUCAGCAAGGAUGACAUCGAGAACAUGAUCAAGAACGCUGAGAGGUACGCAGAGGAGGACAGGAGGAGAAAGGAAAGUGUGGAGGCUGUCAACAUGGCUGAGGGCAUCAUCCAUGACACAGAAUCUAAGAUGGAGGAGUUCAAAGAUCAGCUUCCUGCUGAUGAGUGCAACAAGCUGAAGGAGGAGAUCACAAAGGUUCGAGACAUCCUGGCCAAUAAGGACUCUGAGACGGGAGAGAACAUCAAACAGGCAGCAAACAACCUGCAGCAGGCAUCUCUUAAACUCUUUGAAAUAGCCUACAAGAAGAUGGCAGCAGAGCGGGACGGCGGCAGCAGCGGUGGCGGCGGCUCAGAGGGGGAGAAGAAAGAGGGUCAGCAGUAAAGCUGCUGUCAUGCAGUCACAAUGACAGCAAAGGACUCUGUGCUCAGGUGGCACUCCUGAGUUAUUCCGUCAUGUGAAAUAAGAUUCUACUGUGUUUUUGCAGUAAAAUAGAUCCAUGUCAAUAUAUGCUCCCAUGUCCAACAACAUCUUAUAUGUUUGUAAUUUAACUGUCUAUACAAUUUUAUUCUUAAAAGGCUCUUGAUUUUUUUUUCCUUCCUUAUCUCAUUAUUCUGAGGCACAUCAGCCUUCUAGCCAUGUGUUGGUUCAUCCUGUUCACAGGAGAAACAUUAGCAGGAAGUCAAAAAUCUGGCUGAACUCAUCGCAACCUUUUCAGAGCUGAUUGGAUAAAGGUUUUAGUUCAUUAUUCAAAUUAAAUGAAGACCUUGCCCUACCUAUCAGUGCUCAGUCCAGACAGACAGCUUUUCUGAAUAAUGGGACUAAAAGAUAUGACUUUCUGUUUGAGGAUCUCAUCGGUUGUUUGUAGAUAUGAGAAGCCUGUAUAAGUAGUGCUAUAAACAGCUGAGUUGUAACUAUACAGUCCCUGAGGUGGCUGGAUGCUGGAGUCAGUACAGAGUGAUGCCUUGGCUGACCUCCCACCUACACAUGAAAGACAAAAUGUUUGGAGACUAAGGAGUGAAGAUGUGGAAACAGUGUCCCAGCAGCAUCAGUUCCCAGUCAGAGGUGGUGGUACUGCCAUAAAUGUCUCUAUGGACCGAGGUUGUCGCUGGUAGCUGCCUCACUGUGAGCCAGGCCGCUCUGAAUGAUGGCCAGGCUCAUCGUUUGGGAUGUCUGUAUAUGUGGGGAGGGGGUGUAGUCCUGCUUUGAAACUGAAGUGUCACAAUAACUGUUGCAGUCUUUUCUAAUAAAAACUGAAAACCUGA